AUGGGUUUCCAGGCACAGCGCAGUUCAUUGCGCAAUGCUAUCAAAGCAUCUGUAAGCCAGAGGCCAGACUACAAUUCAACAGAUAGUAUGCAGACCCAGGCGAUCGACGCUGGUAACUUUCUGGCCAACGCAGCGAAGGGUCGGAAGCGAACCAGUGCGAAUGGACAACCACCAGCAAAGAAGCAGAGGAUUGCACGGCCAUCAAGAGCUAAGACGCCAGCACCGGAGGUAAGCACCGCAGCAGACGUAGCUGAGCAGCCUUCUCUGGACCAUGAGCGAGUUGUACCAGAGAAACCAGAGGCCGUCGCAGGAGGAACUGGCGGGCAUGGGCCCGUAGACAUUCAAAUGUCUCCGCAUGACAGCAUUGCCAGCAGUCGCACGCUUGUUGCAGACAAGCUGGCUCCGGAGGCGAAAGACGAUGACGGAGCUGCUAUGGACGGCAGCGAGCCUAGUUCGGAGCUGGAUGAGGACGAGUUGCUCGACGCGGAAUUAGCCUCUGAGGCGGACCAACAGCAGGCCUCACGACUUACCUCGGCAGCAGAGCCAAAGCGAAGCGAGCAGACCACGUCGAAUGAGAGCAAUGCAACAGGGGCGGACCAAGCGGCCGAUGACACCGCCAUAGGCAUCCCGCAAGACGAAGAGCACUUGUUCAAGGAUGUGCAGUCACAGCAGGCGUCAGACGCUGCUGAGGAGAGCAAACCAGAGAGGCUUUGCCCAGCAGCAAACCUGCAGGAGAGCAAACAAGUCUCGCUUGAUGAGCAUGUUGCAUCGAUCGCGAACGGGGCAGUUGGAGACACCGUCCCAACCGUGCCACAAGAUGGAGAGGGGAGUACGGAAAGCCAAGCACAAACGGCUGAGCUAUCACCCGUCGCUGCGGCCUACCCAUCACCUCCGGGUACUCAGGAUAGUGACAACGGGUCUUCAGUGGUAACAGAUAUGAAUCCGGAGCUGUUGAAACUAUCCCGAGCACUCACCUACCGCAAGCCACUUGCAGAGAAGGACGCACCGCAAGGCCAGCCAAGGGUCUGGGCCGACAGCCGUCAAGCCUUGUGCGAGACGGUACCAUACUUUAAGAAGCCACAGGGUGGCUGCCAUUCCAAAGAUGGUCAUGCGUAUGCCUUUUUGUUCGACGGUGUCGGUCACUGCCGCGAGUACAUGGACUCGGACGUGAUCAUCGCCCGCGCCGGAGGUGGCAUGGAGUCAGACAGCAGCAUAGGUUCAAUGCUGCAAGUGAAGGACCAGAAGCUCGAUGAAUCGCAAGUACUAGCUGUGAUCAACGACAUCGUGCUCCAAAAUCCAUUGAUUGUUAUCUGUGGUAACAAGAACACGGGCGCGUUGUCCAAGAUGCCGCAUAAGUAUUGCGUGCUAGGAUGGUUCAAGCCUGUCGCAGUCUGGGCCGAGAAGACUGCCGGAAAGGGCAAAAAGAACUGGACAACCAUCAAGUACCGGUUUGAGAGGCUCGGCAGCGACGAGGUGCCAGCCUGGCACGCACCCAAGUCGAUCGAUAUGCCAAACACAGCAGGACUCGAGGCCCUCUUCGAAAAGACUUGCACUGCAUGUGACCAGCGGCACCCACAGGUCUAUCUCGAGUCAUGGAUGUGUUUGAACCCCACCUGCCAUCAUUUCUGGCAGCUGGACGACGGCAAAGAAGCACCAUGCGGCAAGCUCGAGUACAACCCUGCGUAUCUCCUUACACGAACAAGGUGGGACGUCGAGAUCGAGCCAUUCGAUGUUAGGCCUCGGCUUCCGACCAUUGGCAAGACUGUUGGCGACAACCUCACGUACAUCAACACCCGCGGAGUCUGCUGUCCAGAGUGUGGGAGAUGUAAUCAGCGCUAUAAGUUCACGGGUUGGCAGUGCGAAAAUCCGGAUUGUAAUUGGGCGCUACAUGUGCAACAUCAGCCGGUCAUGCCGGCAAACCUCCACAACCCAUGGGAGUCUCUUGGCGACGGCCCAGCGCUGGGCUGCAACAAGCACAAGGCUGGUGUGAACGUGCAGAUCCGAUACACGCAUCACUAUAAGGUUUACAGGUACACCUUUACUGGGGUCGAAGGCUGCUUCGUCCACGCGGUGGCCAACAAGAUCAUCAACCAAGAGCAACCUGACGGGCCUGACGCUAUGUUGGCCGAGAUUCAGAUUGUCGACAUGGGCCUCGAGCGGCGCAGGUUUGUUGGCGGAAAGGUGUCUGGAAGUAUGGAAGGAGAGGUGACACGGGCGUCUCAGCGCAAGGGCACUGGGAAGGUAAAGCUCCUGACGCCACCAGCAGAGCAGAUGUCCACGCUCAACAACGGUGAUGUGGAGGAGGUAGACCAAGCCACGGGCAAGAAGCUAGAGGUGGAAGACGGCGACUUCAUGACAGCUUUCUCUAUGAACUAUGGCAUGCCAUAUAAGUUCGUGGCCAGCGGCGCCAGCAAGUCUUUCGAGGACGCACCGUUGGCCGUGAGAGCAUGCCGCUCGCGCCUGAAUUGGGCUGCGAAGGAAUUCCUGGCCGAUCAAUCAACUGAGACUGACUUCAACGAGGAGCUGGUCUUCGCUUACAUGGAGGGCCAGAAGAUCGAAUACCACGAUGACGGCGAGGAAGGUCUUGGUCCACGCAUCGCCACUCUCUCGCUGGGUGGCAAAGCCAAGAUGCACAUGCGCAUGAAGAAGAAGCACUUCGUCGGCUGCUCCAAGACAGGCGUUCUGACCGCCGACGAGCCUCUGCUGGGCAGUAUGGAGUACGAGAAACGGCACCGGGCGUGGACUGAGCUCCAGCCUUUAAAGGAGUCCGACAGGGCUGCUUACCGGCGUCGGCAGAAGGAGAUCCCAAAGGAGAUUGGCAUAUACGACAAGCGCAAUAAGAACCCCGACGAUCUUGUGACCGUGACCCUUGGCCACGGCGACAUCGUCUUGAUGGAUGGGUAUGACAUCCAGAAGUAUUUAGAGCACAAGGUCGUGCCGGAGGGUUACUUGCGGUUCGCGCUUACUUGCCGCACGGUCCUGGAGCACCAUCUCAAGGAGCACGAGCGGCCUAGGUAUGAGGUGAAGCCGGAUGAUUACGGCUACGAUGGGUCGAAGUUGCUCUAG